CCACCCCGAUAAGAUAAGGUCGGGACCUCGCGAGAUGCAUGCAAGUCGAGUCUCUCCCCUCCCCGGCCGAGUACUCGAGCUGGCCCGUGCGUUUCGCUGCCACAGGGGUCCAUCCCACAAAAUCAAUUUUCCAUCCAAAAAAGCCCACGAAAGUCUCACGACAGCAACCACUCAAUCCGACCAGACAAGACCCCCCUCCGUUGUCGCCAAUCCCCCCCGAAAAAUACCGCCAAGAUGCCUCGCGAAAUCGGUGAUAUCAAGCAGUUCAUUGAGAUUGCCCGGAGAAAGGACGCUUCCUCCGCUCGCAUCAAGAAGAGCACCAAGAACUCCCAGAUCAAGUUCAAGGUCCGCUGCCAGCGCCACCUCUACACCCUCGUCCUCAAGGACUCCGACAAGGCCGAGAAGCUCAAGCAGUCCCUCCCCCCUCAGCUCCAGAUCAAGGACGUCCCCAAGAAGAACCCCAAGGGCAAGUCCUCCGCAUAAGGGAUUCCCGUAAAAACGUCUCGAAACAAAAAUCGUCAAAAAAACUUUGAGCUUCGAUGGGGAUAUAAAAGCAUGAGUACGGAUAGCCUGUCAUGAGGUCAAUGGAAUGAAAUUUUGACUCGUUCCCCCACCUGGGUUCUGUGUUUUUUCGUGGGGCUAUUGGCCGGUCGGUCUAUUUGGGGAAAAUGAGGUUUUGAAAGCGCAGUGUUUUGUUUUCUCUCGGUCCUGUACCUGCAAUGAUACGGGAACGGGGAAGGCAACCUGCGUGACCACAUAACAUGGCGUCGAGGAAUAUCACCUAGGCAAUUUGCGAGAUGAGAUGGAGACUGUGUCAACGUUUGUUGCUAGUCAGACAUUUCCCGCCAACGAAGAAACCAUUGAACACAAAA